GCAAGCGUAGAUGUGAACAAACUCUACAUCUCAUCCUAUACAAUUUACCAUUCAUAAGAACCGUUAACUUCAAACCAGUGCAUAGCAUUUUCUAAUUUUUUCCUUUGGAAUCUCAUCUUAUUAGAGUCAGGUUCCCUUUCUCUCAUCUAAAAGUAAACCCAAACAAGUAAAAAAAAAAAACCAUUGACUUGUCUUCUACCUGCUUCGGUACUAUGCCCCUUCCUAUGGUACCUUUUUUCAUUUAGUAGUGCUUCAGUGACCAGUGAUCGUGAAACUACAAGACGAAAUCAUGAAAAUUUACGUGAUUUUGAUUUUUGGUAUUUUAACCUUGGCAGCGGCAAAAUCUGAGCCGCAUAAAUCAACUGAGAAACAUGCUUCAAACUCAGAAGAAAAAGCCAACGAAGCCAAAACGCAAUCAGAACAUUCAGCUAGCAAAACAUCGUCCAAACACGAUCAAGAGUCGGGCAAACACGGCUCAGAACUCUCAGAAUUGCACCGAGUCGAAGACUUGGACAAAGGGGGCAAAAAGCACAAGCAUUUCCAUGCUGAUAAGCAUGAAUCUUUUCAUAAAAGCGGUGCAGAAAGCGCACAUGGAGCAAAAUUCGAAGAAGCAUCCAAAAGGCACAAGGGCAACUACAAAAAAGGCUAUUUGGAAAAGUUUCACAAAGACGAGCUAAUGAAACAUGAUAGUUUUUUCAAUAAAGGCGAAAAAAGUGGUAGUUAUAAUAUUUUCGGAAAAAAAGGAGCCAAAUAUGGAUCUGAGGCUGUUACCAAACACAAUGGAGGCUCAUUUAAGAAUCUGAAAUCUGAAGGCAAGCAUGGUAAAGGCAGUAAAAAAGCAGGAGGCCACAAUAAGUCAGAGAAAAAAGGGCGCAAAAGUUCCAAAACUACUAAGAGCCAUCACGCAAAUGGAGAAAAGUCUGGCAAGAAGGCAGGCAAAAAGGGCGGCAAACAAUUUAGAACGAAUUCAAAACAAUAAAUAAUAAUUUUAUAAAUAAAUUUUUUUGUAUUGUAAGUUUUGUCUACUCCACUGUCAGGAAAUUCAUUAAAUUUAAUUCGAUUUGUCCAUUAAGCAAACCUAAUUUACCAUACGUGUCCAUCAUAUAACCACAAUAAUGAGGGGUUUUAUUAUUUGUUGUCCUGCUAUAUAUAGAUUCUAAGGGCUAGUUUAUUCAAGGAAGAGUUAAAGUAACUUUUGAUUUAUGAUACAAAUAUCGAAGCCAACAUUUUUCUAAUCAGUUUGAAACUAGAACUUCUUCAAUAAUAAGACUUUGAA